AAUAGAAGCAUAAAAAUAAAAAUAAAAAUAAAAAUAAAAAUAAAAUAUAAAAGAAAAAUAAUGUGAAUCAAAGGACGAUGAAUUGUUAUCCUGACACGAGCUUUGCAGUAAGGUGGAGACUCUUUAUCAGGAACAGAAAGAAAUGAAGUUAUCAGUGUCGGCUUACAGAGCUCAGGCUAGUGCUCAUAAAAAAAUCCUUUGCAAUUAUCAACAACAACUUAGUUACGGUGCUACAAAUCAGGCAUCCUCGAGCCGGACCCCCUCGGACCCCGCUGCGGUCCUGUCUGGCCUCAAGGUGGAUCGUGCGGAGAAGAAGGAGGGCCAGGGAGUGGGAGAUCCGGCAGCAUCUUCGGCUGGUUGCAGCGGUGCUUCCGGUUCGAGGAUGGGCCCAGGGCCCGAUUCCGGUAGCAGUGCACCUUCUUCGGUUCCCCAAUCUCUGGCUACGUCACGUGACGAGGAAGACGACGAGGAUAAGGAGAGUAGUGGUAGCCGAACCAAUAACAGUCACGUUGGAUCGCGAUCAUUGGGAUUCUACGAACGUGAUUCAUCAGCCAAUGAACCUGUUGGAUCUUUCGAGAAAGAGAUAACGAGCCUACAUGGUGGUACUUCAACUACAUCGGAAUCUUUGGACAGCACUGGACUCGAUACGGAAAUACCAGCUGAUGCAAGAAGACCCCGUAGUACGAGGGGUUCCCAAAAGUGGAGUAACGUACGAGCCGUCAUGGCGCUAUAUUCUUCCCUUCGAAAAAUUAAGAGAACUAAAAGCAAUCAACGUUGGAUGAAAUUACGUACAACCGUACAAUUAUCAUCGGCCAUAUCUACGAUACAAAAGAAGCCACCAUUGAAACGUGAAGAUUCAUUUUUAAAAAGAUUUUCAACACGUCAAAUACCCGAGAGUCAAGAGACCGUAGACACUGGUGAAGGUGAAGGUGACGCAAACGACGAAAAGGAUUUAACAGGACGACGAAGAAGACGACCAAGAAGGACACAAAAAGCACCUAAAACAGUUGUCAAUCCUGACGAAAAUUUUUAUUAUUAUUGGCUGAUGUUAUUAUCGUCCUGCGUGUUAUACAAUUUAUGGACAUUAAUAGUCAGACAAAGUUUACCAGAAUUACAAGCAUUGGCACCAGCCGCUUGGUUAGCUUGCGACGGUUUUACGGAUUUGGUAUUUUUCUUAGACGUGGCUGUACAAUUUCGUACGGGUUAUUUGGAACAAGGACUUAUGGUUUACAAUAGUAAAAAGUUAGCUGGACAUUAUUUAAAAUCGAAAUGUUUCGUAUUAGAUUUGUUAGCACUGUUACCACUCGAUUUAUUACAAUUCAAUCUUGGCAGUAAUCCUAUGCUAAGGUUUCCAAGGUUUCUCAAGAUAUAUCGUGUUUAUAAUUAUUAUUACAUGGUAGAGUCACGUACGGUUUAUCCUAAUUUAUGGCGUGUACUCAAUCUAAUACAUAUAUUAUUAAUACUCGCACAUUGGUUCGGCUGUUUCUAUUAUUUAUUAAGCGAAGCCGAAGGAUUCCAAGGUGAUUGGGUCUAUCCGUACAGGCCUGGUGAAUAUGCGACCUUGACCAGGAAAUACCUUGGAUCACUCUACUGGUCUACCCUAACACUGACGACGAUUGGUGAUCUACCAACACCGGAAACCAACGCCGAGUAUGUCUUCACGAUAGUCAGCUACCUGAUCGGAGUCUUCAUAUUCGCAACGAUCGUCGGACAGGUUGGGAACGUGAUAACCAAUAGGAACGCAAAUCGUUUGGAGUUCGAGAGACUGCUAGACGGUGCUAAAACUUAUAUGAGACAUCACAAAGUACCUGGUGGAAUGAAAAGGAGGGUUCUAAGGUGGUACGACUACAGCUGGUCACGUGGUAGAAUACAAGGUGGUGGUGAUAUCAACACCGCAUUGGGUCUACUUCCUGAUAAACUCAAGACAGAACUUGCUUUACACGUCAAUCUUGCUGUACUCAAGAAGGUUACCAUUUUUCAGGAAUGUCAACCAGAAUUUUUGCACGACCUCGUGUUAAAAAUGAAAGCCUACAUCUUCACACCCGGUGAUUCUAUAUGCCGUAAGGGUGAAGUAGCUAGAGAAAUGUUCAUAAUAGCGGACGGUAUACUCGAGGUAAUCAGCGAAACUGGAAGAGUUCUUACUACGAUGAAAGCUGGUGACUUUUUUGGUGAAAUCGGCAUACUCAAUCUCGACGGAUUAAAUAAACGAACAGCUGACGUACGUUCGGUUGGUUAUUCAGAAUUAUUCAGUUUAUCGCGAGAGGAUGUAUUAGCAGCAAUGAAAGAUUAUCCUGAAGCACAAGAAAUAUUACAAAAUCUUGGUAGAAAACGUUUGAUGGAGGCACAAAGGGUUGCACGAGCAUCAAGACAACCAACCUCACCUGGUCACGAUUCAUCCGACAAUAGUACCGGUAAAAGAAUUGUCGACAAGUUAAAGAGCGAUGUUAAAGUUUGGAAAAAUGUAUUAAGAAAAAGUAGACGUAAUAAUAGACCAGAGGAGAGUUUAGAAUUGCAACCAUUGACAUCUAAAGCACCCUAUUGUUCAAUGAAGAGACAACGACAUAAAACAACGACGGAAGAUGUACAAGAACCAAUGAUAACUAAUACCAUUCAAGAACCACCUGUAUCACCGUUGGGUGCUGGAUUACCUUUAUUAUCAAGACUGAAAUUACUCAAAGAAAAAGAAGAACGUGAGGAGAGACGUAAUUUAAUGGAAACGCAAGUGCACGCGUCUGAACAACAACCACCACCAACUGAAGCACUUGUCCCAACUAAUCCUAAUUUAUCGUUCACGCAAAGGGUACUUUUAUUGAAAGCUAGAAACGAACAAGAGGCACAAGCACAAGCUGAAAAAGAAUCAACAAUGAAAGAACAACCAUUAUUAAUAUCCAAAAAUUCGAUAGUUACGGAAAAUCUUUCGGAUGACGUUACAAAAGAAACACAACAACAAAAGAUUGUUGACAAAAUUUCUAUACCAAAAGUAACAGCCUUGUUGGAUAAACGACAACCAACUCAAUCUUCUAACAACGUUAUGGUAAUGCCCAAAAUACCAACAGCCGUAACAUCGAUAGAUAGUUUAUCAAUAACAACAAUAACAACAACAACUAACAACAUUGUUAUCUCGAAUGGUACUACCAACGUUAAGAAACCAUGGGCUAUGUUGAAAGAUGCAUCAUUGACUACUACAACAACAACAACUGCGGCAACUUCUUUAAUGUCGUCUUCCACGUUAAAGGAUAAUUCACCUCAAAGAAGUUCACCAAUUAAAAGACCACAAACUAAACAACAACAUAGUCUUGCACAUCUAAGACAACAAACUAAAAUGUACGCUUCCGUUGAUGAUCUGUCACCUGAAUAUUGUGGCCUACCGUUCGUUAAAAAGCUCAAAAUAUUAAACGAAAGACAAAAACUUGCCGAACUAGAAAAAGCUGUGAGAAGUUCUAGCUUGGAUUGUGGUGAAAAUUCUGAUUAUACUACUUUCGAUGGGAAUUUAACGCGUAGCCAUUCGGAAGCGUGUGCAAUCGAAUAUGUCAGAAAAUUGGCUAAACUUAAUCAAGUAAGGGAUCAAAAGAGUCCAUCAACGCCAGCGGAACAAUUGUCCCCAGAAAACGAGACACUAGAAAGGCGAGAUUUAAAGAGCAUCUUAAAGAAACUCUCAGCAAGUAGUAGAACGGGUAGUUCAGAUACUUCAGCAACUAGUAUACCAGAUCGUGAAGCAGCUACUGCUGAAUUGAGACGAUUAAUGAGAGCUCAAACUAUCGAGGGUUAUGCAGCUAGACAUACGAAAUUAUCUAAAAGUGUAACAUUUAAUAAAUAUACAUUACAAAGUCCGCCGUCCGAGCAAAGUCCAGGAAGUUAUUCUCUCGGGGAUCAGUUGUCCGAAACUCAGGAACAGGCCUCCUCGCUGUCACCGCCCAAUAAAACAACUUUCCGUCCUCUUGGCAGUAGGGAUCUUCUGCAAAUGACAACUAGAAAACGAGAGGACGAAUAUCUUGGAGAAUUGGUGUCCGGUAUUAGAGAAGUUGUACAAACAAGUUUGGAAGACAUACAAAGUAAAUUCGUGUCAUUGGAAUUGGAGAUACACAAACGUGACGAAAUAAUAUCCCAACUUCAAGGUAGGAUACAAGAAUUGGAGGAAAAUGAAAGAAAAAAAAAUGAAGCAAUGGGUAUAGGUAUGGGUAUGGGUAUGGGUAUUGGGGAUGACAGUACAGCACACGAUACUUCGUUAGAGGAAGAUUUGGAUGACGAUAAUGAGAAUAAGUAUGACGAUGAUGACGAUGACAACAACCACGACGAUGAAGACGACGAUGAUGACAACGACGAAGACGACAUUGAAGAUGACGAUGAUGAUGACGAUGACGAUGAUGGGGAGGAUCAUCCAUUUAUGAGAGAUGGUUCAGUUGAUACAGUUUUAACUGCUCGUUCUCGAGCUUAUGGACGACCUUCCCCACCGAGCAGCGAAUCAAUGCACAAUAGAAAAUCUUGGGAAGAACAUUCCGAGGAAGAAACUUUAGAAUUACAGGAAUUACCUAGAUCGAUAGUUCCACAAAGUUUGUGGAGAGACGAAGUAGUAAUAGAUUUGGAAUCCAAUAGCGAAAGUAGCAAAUCAGAAAAUGACGAAGGUGGUGAUAUUAGUGGUGGUGGUGCUCGUGGUAGUGGUGGUGCUCGUAGUGGUGAUGGUGAUGGUAAUGGUGUUGGUAGAGCUGUUGUUUGCGAUACCGACGACGAUGAUGAUGAUGAUGAUGAUAACAAAAGUGAAUGUGCCAAGGAUUGGGAAGCUACGAUGCUUGCUAAAGAGCUCGAGGCAAGACAACAGAGAAGUCACGAAAAUGCUAGCCCUGGUUCCUAGCGCAUUAACGAGCUCUUAGAUGUAUUCUGUUAUUUGACGAAUACAAUGCGCACCCAAAAUUGGAGAAGUGCGGCGGCCGGUAGUGCAGCUUUUUGUGAAAACGAUUGCCCAUACUUGCAAUUAGACUUUGAUAGUUUGACUAGUCGUAGCGAGACUAUGAUGUAGUUUACCUUGGAUUCGAAUUCAAGGUUCAGAAUUUAAACGAGAGAGAAUAAAAGAAAAAGAAGAGAGAAGGGGGAGAGGGAGGGUAAGGGGAAAAUUGCAGGAUAGUCGUUCGUUUUCUACAGAAAGGAUUCUAAUUUCAAAUGUGAAUCCUAAAAUACGUACAACUCUUUCGUGAACACACAAUGCCUGUUUGAUUUUUUUUUUGUCUAUCUUUGAAUUAUGUAUUUCAAUGUUUUACUACAAGUAAAGUAUGUGAUUUCU